CCGCGCAGUGUGCAGGAUGGUGGCUCCCCGGGAUCAAACUGGAGCGUCACAGCCGCGGACUGGCUUCGCGGUCCCUGAUGGGAGAGCAUGAACAGCGACCCCCUUCUGGCCGGCCUGCCCCUGGACCCUGAGUGUCCCCUGCCCUGCUGCUUCUCGUCUCCCUCGCCCUCCGACGCGUGUCUGCCUGUGGACGGAAAGUGUGACAAGCGCUGGGGCUCUGCCUCGGACAAGGCGCUGGACUGCACCGCCCGCUGGCCCAGGACCCCAGAGCAAGAGACUGUGGCGCCGCCUGCUUCCGAAGGCGUCGAGAAGGACGAGGGGUGGAGGCUGCCGUGGGGUCUGGGGCCUGCGCCGUUUGGGGCUGUCCCCUUUCCCUCCCAAGACUUGCAGAAGGGACGCUGUCAUGAGCAUGAACUCUUAAGGAAACAACACAAUAAGAAGGCCUUAGAGACCAGCUCUUGCAAAGUGAAAGUCAAGUCCACGGCUAUGAUCGCCGACAGCCAUAAGUUCCUGCGCUGUGAACUGGAGUCGCUGAAAAGCCAGCUGCAGGCCCAGACCAAGGCCUUUGAGUUCCUCAACCAUUCAGUGACCAUGUUGGAGAAAGAGAGCUGCCUACAGCAGAUCAAGAUUCAGCAACUGGAAGAAAUGCUGAACCCCGCUUGUCGCCAGGGAGAGAGGGAGGGUCCUAAGUGGGGCGUGGAGGAGGGACGGCAGGAGUUGUAUGGGGCGCUGGCGCAAGGCCUGCAGGGCCUGCAGAAGACCCUGCGAGACAACGAGGAGGUCCAGCGGGCCCGCACCACCCGCUGCCUGCAGCUCCUGGCCCAGGAGAUCCGAGACAGCAAGAAGUUCCUGUGGGAGGAGCUGGAGCUGGUGCGGGAGGAGGUGACUUUUAUCUAUCAGAAGCUCCAGGCCCAGGAGGACGAGAUCUCAGAGAACCUGGCCAACAUCCAGAAGAUGCAGAAGACCCAGGUGAAAUGUCGCAAGGUCCUGACCAAGAUGAAACAGCAAGGGUAUGAGGCACUGGCCUGGAAUGAGACUGACGAGGCGGCCCCGGGAGGCGGCUGCUGGAAAGAUGACCUGCAGAAGGAGCUGAGCGACAUAUGGUCUGCUGUGCACGGGCUGCAGAACUCCAUGGACGGCUUCACCAUGUCCACGGGGGCCCGCCCCAUGGCCUCCAGCCUCCGGGGCCACAAAGGACACAGGUGCCUGAGCCCGCAGCUUCCUUCCUGGGAUUCGGAUUCGGACUCUGACCAGCAGCCUUUCAACAAGAGGCGGUCCUUCCCACCCGCCUGAGCAGCUGGGACUGCUCGCCCCUUGAAGACCCCCUCACCCCCUGCAGAGCGAGAAAAAAUAAACUAGCAACUAAGGAGA